UCUUUGCUCUGUGUCCCAGAGUGAAUCAAAGGAAGCCCGUCUUUGAAAAGACUUCUUUUGACUUAUUUUUUAUACAAGGAGCUUUCUGAUCUUAUUUGGAAUAAGUAAGAUUAAUGUUCACUCUCAAGUACUUCUGAGGGCAUACUCCCUUACUCACAGGACUACACCCUUGUGGAAAAAUACAAGAGGUUUCUGGUUCUCCCAACCACUGGACAACAAGAGAGUUAAUACACAAUGAGCCAAGAACCUCAAAAUAAACAAGAAGGCCAGCCUUCCCACCUGAUCCCUUGGGCCGUUGCUAUUUUUUUCAUCUCACUCCUCAGUGCUUGUUUUAUUGCAAAUUGUUUGGUGACUCAUUACAGCUUUCUACACUGCAGGAGACGCAUGGGAAUGUUCAAGUUACCAGAGUAUUACAAGAAGAUAACAUGCACCAAAGAGGAAUCAAAACUGAAAGGAAGCACCUGGAAUUGCUGUCCUACUGGUUGGAGAUCCUUCCAGGACAGUUGCUAUUUACCUCUGAAUGACAACAAGACAUGGGCAGAGAGCGAGAGGAACUGCACGGACAUGGGGGCUCAUCUGGUCACCAUCACCUCAGAAGCUGAGCAGAACUUUAUUGUUCAAUUUUUGGAUAGACGGUUUUCAUAUUUCCUGGGACUUACAGAUGAGGACCAUGAAGGCCAGUGGUCCUGGGUGGACAAGACACCAUUUGACCCACAUAUUGUAUUCUGGCAUGAGGGUGAACCCAACAACUAUAAACAGAAUGAAAAUUGUGUUAUCCUUGUUAAUGCCCAAGACAAAUGGGCCUGGAAUGACUUUCCUUGUAACUUUGAGAGAAGAAGAAUUUGCAAGUUACCUGGAACAGCAUUCAACUAGAAACCUCCAAAGGAGUCCUUAUGAUGGCAACAGAAAAGGGGAACCAAUUAAACCAGGGCAGAAUGUACCUGCACCAUUGGAGCAGAGAAAACGUGCUGAGAAAAUAGAACAUUUUUCAGUUA